AUGACGAAACACCCAUCACCACAACCUACAACCCACUACCACCACACAACACCCGCCACCACUACCUCCCUUCACCACCCAUUACCAUCACCAUCACCCGAUAUCACCACCCUACCACCCACCCAUCACCACCAACCACCACCACUCACCUACCCGUUACCACCACCCCACCCCCACCCACCACCAUCACCACCACCCGUCAUCACCACUAGUCACCACUACCACCCAUCACCACCAGUCGUCACCAUCCACCUAACACUACUACCAUCCAUCUUUACCACCCGUCACCACCCAUCACCAUCACUACCAUCCACCACCACCAAUACCCCACAACACCAACACUACCCGCGACUACCACCAACUACCACUCACUACCACCACAUACCCACCACCACCUGUCACUAG